AUGACGCAGUCCUCGCCUCUGAUCGUCUCGUCGUACUCGAUCCACGAUGUGCGCUUUCCCACCUCGCUGACCGGCGACGGCACCGACGCCAUGAACAAGAGCUGCGACUACUCGGCUGCCUACCUCAUCCUCUACACAAGUCCCAAAGAUGGCGCCGAGAUCGUUUCGUAUCGCGGCCGCGAGAGCGAGGCCAUCAACGCCCCCGUUAAGGAAGACGCUUCUCUCCGUGGGUUUGGCAUGACCUUCACCAUCGGCCGUGGUAACGAGAUUUGCUGUCAAGCCAUCGCCUCGAUCGUCGAGGACCUGCUACUCGGCCGUGAGAUCGAGCCGCUCUUCGCCGACAUGGGUGCCACCUGGAACCUCAUGGUCUCAGACCCCCAACUGCGCUGGAUUGGUCCCGAAAAGGGUGUCAUCCACCUCGCCACUGCCGCGGUCAUCAAUGCCAUCUGGGACCUCUACGCGCGCUCUCGCAGCAAGCCGCUGUGGAAGCUCGUCUGCGACAUGUCGCCCGAAGAGCUGGUCAAGUGCAUUCCCUUCCGCUACAUCACGGAUGCCAUCACGCCCGCUGAGGCGCUCAAGAUCCUCCAGGACGCCUCCAAGGGCAAGGCGGACCGAGAGGCCGAGAUGGUGGCCAACGGCUACAAGGCGUACACGACCUCUGCCGGUUGGUCCGGCUACGACGAUGCCAAGGUGGGUCGUCUCACCCGCUCCGCCCUUGAACAGGGCUUCAACCACUUCAAGCUCAAGGUGGGCUCGGACGUGCAGGAUGACAUCCGUCGAUUGUCGUUGAUGCGUUCCAUCGUGGACGAUCCCAAGGAGAUGCCGGCGGGUCGCAAGCAGCCUUCGCCCGGAAGUUUGGCCGGCAAGAACGCAGGCCCCACGGGUUGCGUCGUCAUGGUGGACGCAAACCAGGUGUGGGACGUCCAAGAGGCCAUCGACUACAUGGAGAAGCUCGCCCACCUUCGUCCUUGGUUUAUUGAAGAGCCGACUGCUCCAGAUGACGUCCUCGGCCACGCAGCGAUUCGAAAGGGAAUCAAGCACCUCGGUAUCGGCGUCGCCACCGGAGAACACGCGCAUAAUCGCAUGACCUUCAAGCAGCUCCUCCAGGCGGAUGCGAUCGAUGUUGUGCAGAUCGACUCGUGCCGUCUCGCCGGUGUCAACGAGAUCCUGGCCGUCCUUUUGAUGAGCAAAAAGCACGGAAAGAUUGUCUGCCCUCACGCCGGCGGUGUCGGACUUUGCGAGUAUGUGGUGCAUCUGAGUCUCAUCGACUACAUCUGCAUCAGCGGCGAGAACGAGCGCAACGUGCUCGAGUGGGUCGACCAUCUGCACGAGCACUUCGUCUACCCUGUCAGCAUCAACGGCGCUGGCUGCUACAACACACCGAUGGACCCUCAGGGCGGCUACAGCAUCGAGAUGCUCAAGGGCUCGAUCGAGGAUUACUCCUUCCCCCACGGCUCCUACUGGAAGAACGGAACUGCACGCACUGCACCUCCUUCGGGACACUAG